AGAAUCUCAGCCCCCUAUAGUGCCCUUUGCAUUUAGUCACUGGAUACCAUGCAAUGUGCACAGGGCUGGUAUUGGAAGCAGGACCCCCCAUUCCAGCUGUGGCCCCCCUAUGAGUGUGUGGGACAGUCACCUGCCUGUCUCCCCCCCUGCAGAGCUGAGUGAUGCUGCAGCCUGAGCUCAGACUAUAGGAGGCAGGAUUCAGUGCUGUCCUCCUCUGCCAGGCUGCAGCCCUCUCCCUUACACUAGUAGUGAUCCAGCAGCCUCCAGUGCACACACAGCACCCACCCUCUCCUCACACCUGGGUGCCACAUUCCUCCUCUCCAGCCAUCAUGGACCCCUUUGACACAGAGCUCUGCUAUCCCCCGGACCCCAGCGUUGUGCAGCCCAAUUGUAACGGGCAACCACGUCCAGAGCAGCCCCCCAGCAAGACCCUGGAGGUCCCAGUCCAGAUGGAUAGAGAUCAGCAGAUGAAGAUGAGUGAGAGCGGCCAGUUCAGUGACCUGGUGGAGAACAGAGGUUUAUUAGAGAGCAGCACAAAACUUAAGCCACAGGAAGCCCAAAACUACAGGAAAAAAGCCUUAUGGGUAUCGUGGACGUCCAUUGUUGUCACGUUGGUGUUGGCGAUCGCGGCUUUUACUGUCUCUGUGAUGCGGUCCAGUGCGUCAUCCUUUGGCUUUGCAUUUGACGCGGUUCUGGACGUCUUCUCCUCAGCCAUCGUCUUAUGGCGCUACAGCAACGCAGCUGCCGUACACUCGGCGCACAGGGAAUACUUAGCCUGCGUGAUCCUGGGUGUGAUAUUCCUGCUGUCAGCGCUCUGCAUCGUGGUAAAAGCCAUCCAUGACCUUUCUAUCCGAGUGCUCCCAGAAGUUGAUAGUUUUAUAUUCAGUGUCUCCAUUUUAAGUGGAAUCCUCUGUACUCUAUUGGCUGUCGCAAAAUUUAUGUUAGGAAGAAUCCUGACGAGUCGAGCGCUGAUCACUGAUGGAUUUAACUCUUUGGUGGGCGGCGUCAUGGGAUUCUCCAUUCUCAUAAGCGCUGAGGUGUACAAGCAGCACUCCUCUGUCUGGUACCUGGACGGAUCGGUCGGAAUCAUGAUCGGACUAAUAAUCAUGACCUACGGGAUUAAAUUAUUAACAGAUAUGGUUCCCCGUGUGAGACAGACUCGCCACUACGAGAUGUUUGAAUGAAGGGACCGAGGGGGGGAACCUGUUUACUCCCUAAAAACUUUCCAUCACAAAUGACAGCAGCCAGUCUCCUAACAGAGCGCACCCCACUUAUAUUGUUGGGGGUGUGCAAAAAUUCAAAACCAUACACCGACCCGUCUACGCAAAACGUAACAAAUAUCAGACCGGUACGUGAGGGGCGAAUCUCAUGAGGGACACGUCCUGAAAAAAAAGUGGCGCACAAACCUCUGUGAAACGGACUUAUUAUAUUUUUACCUAUAGUCGUUCUCUACGUAUCUACAGAAUAGAAACCCCGACCCCGGAACAUGGACGACCCAUGGACGCAACGGCUGAAUGACGCUGCAAAGACAGAAUUACAGAAUAUUUUUUUAUAUACGUAUAUAUAUAUAUAUAUAUAUAUAUAUUCUAUGUGUGCGGAGCGGCCUCGUGUAUGUGUUUUAACUCCACAAGCACAGAAUGAACCCAAAAGAUCUACAGCACAAACCGUAGAACAUUCCAUGUCCUCAUAGAGAAUCUCCCAUCAGAACAUUCUACUACUUCAUCAUAUCUAUUAUAUUCUUGUCCAUAGGGGGCAGCAUUGUAGUAGUUAGUGCCGGUUCAGUGAAGAUAUUCCGCUUAGUUUUUUAGGACGGUGGGUGAAUUUUUCCUGGUAACAACCUGUUUAGUUACAACCUCUCUCUUCAAAUCAUACGAAAUGCAAUAGCCAGCAGGGGGCAGAAGUGUGCACAAGAGAAAGCUCCUCCCAUAAAUCUGUGCUACCUCCUGAGGCAUGAUGGGAGGCACAUUAUAAUGUCUUUGUUACUUCACUUAAAAGUUACCUGAGUUUUUAGAAAAAAAAAUAUUUUCAUUGGUCGGGGUCUGGGUGUUCAAACCCCAACCGAUCGAAAUUUUUUAAAUAAAAAAAUUCUGUGCAGAUUAUUUUAUUUUAUUUUUUUCAUAUUUUUUAUAAGGUUUUAUUUUAGCCAUUGAAGAUUGUCCUCUGAUACAGAGCUCCAAAUCCACUGCAGAAAAACAAAAGCAAAUAGUAAAAUUUCGGGCUACUAGCAGCCUCCACUAGGGGGAGCUUUAAAGCUUGUUGCAUACUGUAGA